AUGGACUACACAUCGGAUGGAGAUUCUGAGGUCGAAGCUUAUGGAUCCGGCACUUUUGAGCUUCUGGAAUCAGGAUAUUUAAAAGUGAUGACUGAUGAAGGCUUGUACCGAUGCCCCUUUUGUUCAGAUGAUGAGAAGGACCACAGUCUAAAUGAUCUGCUGCAGCAUGCCUCUGGUGUAGGGGCUGCACAUGAUCGGGAAGCCAAAGAGAAGGCGGACCACCGUGCUAUUGCAAGGCAUUUGAAGGGUAAGCCUCUUGAAUCAUCUGGCGCACUUUUGCAGCCAAUGCUUACCGAUGUGCAGGAUUCUGAGCAUACCCAAGAUGAGCAAUUUGUCUGGCCGUGGAUGGCUAUCCUAGUCAAUAUGCCAAAUGAAUUCUUUGGUAAAAGUGCGAAUCGGCUGAAGGAGCAUUACUCAUCUUUCCAUCCAGUGAAGGUGCAUCCUGUAUAUAGCAAAGGUCGUCCCACUCGUGAUGCUGUUAUUGAGUUCGGGAAUGACUGGAGUGGUUUUAGGAAUGCACGGGCCUUUGAUGCUCACUUUGCGAAGAAAGGGUACAGCAAAGAUUGCUGGAAGGAGAUGAAGUGUGAAGGUACAGAGCCUGUUGGGUGGAUGGCAAGGGCUGAUGAUUACAAUUCUCUAGGGGCAAUAGGUGAACUACUGAGAAAAAAUAGUGACCUGAAGACAUUAAAAGAUAUUGGGAGUGAAGGGGCAAACAAAACUGAAAAACUUCUGUCCAAUUUGGCCUGCAAAGUUAAAGAAAAGGAAAUUUAUUUAGAGCAACUUGAGUCUGAGUACAACAAGCGAUCUGCUUCACUUAACAUAAUGAUGCAGAAGAGGGAGCAACGACUCCAGUCAUACAAUCAAGAAAUCCUGAAGAUGAGACAGCUUGGUCAACAAAACACACAAAGAGUUGUUGAGGAGAACCGGAAGCUACGGUCCGAUAUCCAGGACAUGGUGGAUGCACUUGAUGCAAGAAACAAACAAAUUAAGGAGUCGGAACAUGACAAAAAGAAUCUUGAGCAGGAGAAGCUAAAGAAUGCAAUGAGGACCAGUCAUCUUAGGUUGGCUGCAUUGGAGCAGGAGAAAGCUGAUGAAAAUGUCCAAAAGCUUGUGGAUAAACAAACAAGAGAAACAAAAACUAUUCUAGACGACUUUUUGAGGUUGAACACACAGUUGGAGAUGAAGCAGAAACUUGAAUUGGAAAUAAAGCACCUGAGUGGGAAACUGCAAGUGAUGGAUCUCAAGCCAGGUGAUGAAGAUCCAGAAUCCAGAGUGAAAAUAGAUAAACUAAAGGAGGAGCUCAAUGAGAAGAUCGAAGAACUGAAAGAUGCGGAAAGCUGGAGCCAAGUUUUAAUCAGUAGGGAAAGCAAGAUCAGUGAUGAGUUGCGAGAAGCUCGAGAAGCGUUGAUAAAUUCUCUGCAGAGUUUGCCUGGAACCACAAGCUGCCGGACACACAUAGGCGUCAAAAAAGUUGGUGAGCUUGACCCCAGUGUGUUUCUAAGCCUGUGCAAGCGGAAAUUUCCAGCAGCAGACGCGGAAGCUGAAAGUGCUAGUCUUUGUUCAAAGUGGCAGAAUGAAAUUGAAAAUCCAGAAUGGCAGCCUUUCAAGGUUAUUAUUGUUGAUGGGAAAGCAUCGGAAGUACUCAAGGAGGAUGACAGGAAGCUCCGAGAACUAAAGGAGCUGGGUAAAGAACCCUAUGCUGCCGUAACAAAGGCGCUGCUGGAACUGAAGGACGGCAAUGGAAGCAGGAAGGAUCCAUUCCCUGAGCUGUGGAACUAUGACGAGGGUCGGAAAGCAAAUAUGGUGGAAGGAGUUCGGUUUGCUUUGAAGCUUUGUAAUGUGAGCAAGACGAAGGGCAAGAGAAGCCGCUGA